AUGACUGUCUAUUCUAAGGACGAAACCUCGAUGUGCAAGGUGUUCUUAUCCGGUCUAGAACCCAUGACAAUGAGAUGGUUCGAUAGCCUAAGGGCAGAUUCCAUAGGUUCCUUCAAGGAGCUCACUCAGGCAUUUGGCUCUCGUUUUAUUACAUGUACCAGGGUCCCUUGGCCCUUAGACUCCCUACUGUCUUUGUCCAUGCGAGAAGGGGAGACCUUGAAAGCAUACUUAAAUAGGUACUGGGAGACGUAUAAUGAGAUAGAUGGUGACUUUGAUGACGUCGCCAUCAGUACUUUCAAGAGUGGCCUCCCAACCGAGCAUGGUUUAAGGAAAUCCCUAACAGGAAAGCCUAUCACCAGCCUGCGCCAACUCAUAGACCAGAUUGAAAAGUAUAAAAAGGUUGAGGAAGACCAGCAACAGGGUAAAGGAAAGGUUAAAGUUAUCCCUCAGGAGAGGAGGGAUUUUAGGUCCGACCGAUUCAAUAACAACCGACCUCGGAGAGAUUUUGCUAGACAAUUUGGGUCUACCAACACCCAAACUAUUAAUUCAGUAUUCUGA